GAGAAGAUGGUGCAACUCUAUCGCGUUUUGUUGAUCCCCACCCGCCUGGCCCUGAGACUCUCCUCAGUCUGCUUCUGGCUGGGUGUGUUAAGUGUCGCUUGCUUCAGUGUAAUCUACCACUCUUUGUGGGUGCUGUAUUUGGUACUGACGAAGGGGCCCUGCCAGGUCUUCUGCAAGAAGAGGCGUGAUGCGCCACCCAGCUGCCUCACUGACACAUCCUAUGGGGAGCACUGCUAUUUGACGCUGAAGAAAUCAGGGCUGAGGCUCCACUACGUUGUUGCUGGCCAGGAAGGGGCACAGUUGAUGCUUUUCUUGCAUGGAUUUCCCCAGAAUUGGUUUUGCUGGCGCCAUCAAUUGAAGGAGUUUAGGCAGGCAUAUAAGGUGGUGGCAGUCGAUAUGCGAGGCUUUGGCUUCUCUGAUGCACCAGCUGGCUGUAAGAACUAUCAAAGAGACCUGUUACUGGAGGAUCUUCGAGGGAUGAUCGAGGCACUAUGCCCUUGUGAGAAGAAUGAGUCUGCUAAGUGCAUCCUGGUAGGGCAUGACUGGGGUGCAGCCAUCGUUUUGGAGUUUGCUGCCUGUUACCCCAACUUGCUGGAGAAGUUAAUUGUCAUGAACGGUAUGCCAGCGCAUGUCUUUGCAGAAUACCUUGGGCAACAUCCCACCCAGAUGCUGCGGUCCAACUACAUGUUCCUGUUUCAGAUUCCCAUACUGUCAGACUUCCUGUGGUCCUGUGACGACUUCCAUAUUCUAAAAAAUACGAUGAUUGACAAGAGGGCAGGACUGCAGAAUCCAGCACGCAAGCUGACAGAGGAGGAGUUGGAAGCAUUUAUCUAUGGAGUCUCAGAGCUUGGAGAUAUAUCUCCACCCAUUGCUUACUACAGGAACAUGCUCAGCUGGCUUCCUGCAAAGUGCAAGGAUAUACUGGUGCCCACCCUACUGAUUUGGGGAGAGAAAGAUGUAUACUUGGAAACAGGAAUUAUCCCAGGUGUACGGCAGCAGGUACGGAGUAGCUUCCAGGUGCAUUACGUCCCUGAAGCUAGCCACUGGGUUAAUGAGGAUCAACCUGAAAAAGUCAACCAGCUGAUGUGGGAUUUCCUCCGCAAGAGCGAGUGA